UUUCUGUCUAGACGAUUCAAUAUGGCGGAUUUCCUUUUCAAAAAAUUAUUCCAUCGUGAUUUCUACAAUAAUCCACUUUCAGAUUCAGUUUAUGGUUUGCCAGGCGGUCUUUUGAUGUUAUCAACUCCAGUAGCCGCCCUGGCAAUUUUAAAUUUGAAUUGCUUCGAUAUUUAUGCAGCUAUCUUUUAUUGAGAAAAUGGAAUACAGGCAGCAUUAACUGGAUUGUUGAUUGAUUAUUAAUUAGGUCAAGGUCAACCUCUGAUCUUAACAUAGGUGGCAGCACGGGUUAAUCAAUAACAAAUUGAAAAAUUGAAAAAUGUUCUGCGAUCUUUCGUUGGAUUUAGACUAGAGAAAUAUAUGGAUGAAUAAUCAUAUUUUUGAAAACAGACUAGUCUAUACAUAGAUAAGCGUUUCGUGUAGCAGUUCAAUUGUGCAUAUAUAAAAAGAACAAAGAUAAUGCAGUCUGUCUACCGCAGUCCUGUAGAAUCAAUUGACCCUGAGCAGAAUGGAAGUAACAGAAGGUAUAUUCCAAGACGCAGCAAUGCAAGGCCAGGAUUUGCCAGUCAAACCACUGUAUUCCUGGGAAUCACACAGAUUGUCAAUGGAUCACUCUGCAUAAUCCUUGCAGCCAUGUUGAUAUUCCUGCAUUCCUAUGUAGGCAAGUUUGUUGCAGGGAUAUGGUGUGGCUUAUUGUAUGUGAUUGGAGGUAUAAUUGGACUUGCAGCUGGCAAAAGGAAGACAAAUUCACUGAUUCUAACAUAUCUUGUUAUGUCCACUAUAAAUGGAGUGGCCACAAGUACAUUGAUUGCCAUAUCUUCCUGGGGCAUAUAUCUGGACUCUCAUAGACAGUAUUACAAAAAGAUGUAUGGGGACUUUGAACUUGUAACUGAAGUUGGGGUUCCCCAGGUGGCGCUGAAUGCAACAUUAUUAGUUUUGGGGAUAGUCCUAGGUGGCAGCACUAUAUGGGCUGCAGCUGUCUGUUGUAAAGCAGCUGGUUGUUGUUACGCACCUGAGGGUGUGUACACAAUCCCCUCCCCCCAGGUGGUGUACAGUCCUGUGCAGGGGGCUGGGGGUCAACAGGUGUUAGUCUUUACCCAGGACCCAGCACAGUCCAAUACUCUGUAUGCUCUCCCACAGGGCUACAUGCUGAACCAACAAGGACAGAUGAUGGUUCAGAUCCCUGCCUCAGGGGUGGUUCAGUCAGGAGCGGGAACUGAUUCACAUCCUCGUCCCCUGAAUGCCCCCAUCGUACAACAAACACAGUCAUGAAUUAUGAAUUAUUG